CACACUCCUUUGAUAUACUCUCACUCAAUACUUCAUCAUGAAGAUCCAUUCUUUUAUUUUUGUUGCUGCUACGGCCCUGAUCACGCCUAGCCUGGCGGCGUUUCAUCCCGGGACCGCUGUCAAGGCUAAGCCCGCGGUCAACGCUGGUUUCAUCAUUGAGCUCGAACCGGAUGCGUCAAUCAAUGGUCGUGAGAUUCGCGAAGAUGCACACUCUGCCUUCCAUCGCCGAGCCGAAGGCGUGUUGGAUUACUCUGUUCGUCAUGAAUUCAAAAACGCGGAUUACUUUUACGGAUUGUCUAUCAAUGCAAAGGAUAGUAUCGACGUAGACACUUUGCUUGCCCUGCCUCAGGUCAAGAAAGUCUGGCCCAACAGAUAUUACGACCGACCCGAACCAGUUGGCUCUAGCCGGGGGUCAAAGACUGCUAACCCCUCCGUUCCCGUCGGAGUCCAGUCCAUCCAGCUCAGAGAUGCCGCGCGGGUUGUCACCAUCAACGGCACCAGCGAUGUACUUUCCAGUCUGAAGAUGACUGGCGCUGACCAAGUUCAUGCCCAAGGCUUGACCGGAAAGGACAUCAAGAUUGGUUUCCUCGAUACUGGUGUUGAUUGGCGUCACCCAGCUCUGGGUGGUGGUUUCGGCGAAGGCUUCAAAGUUGCGGGAGGCUAUGACUUUGUGGGUGAUGACUUUGUGGGCUGGAAUGAUCCAGUCCCGGAUGACGACCCUUUAACUACGUGCUUGGAAGGCGGGCAUGGCACACAUGUUGCUGGCAUUCUCGCUGCUAAGGACCCUCAGGGCGUCGGUUUUGGUAUCUCUGGUGUUGCACCUGACGCAUCUCUCUAUGCCUAUCGCGUUAUUAGCUGUAGUGGAGGCGCCACCGAUGAUAUUCUCAUGCAAGGCUUUGAGAGAGCUGCUAGUGAUGGAGUUGAUCUCAUCAGCAUGUCCAUUGGUGCGACGACUAUUUGGGAGGAUGGCUCACCAUAUAUCCCAAUCCUGUCCAAGAUCCAGUCCCAGGGCAUUGGCAUCGUCAUUGCGGCAGGCAACGAGGGCGACACUGGUCUUUACGUCUCCUCGGCACCGGCACAGGACCCAAGUGCCAUCUCAGUUGGCUCCGUAAGCGAC